ACGCAAUCGUGUUUACGUGGAUAACAUGGCGGCGGAGAUGUGGUUGUAGCAAGGACUAUGUCUUCUCCUAAUGCAAGCCUGUCGCAGUGAUAUGAAACCAUUACUAAACAAAGUGAAUGUCAACAAACAGAAACUUUCCCCACAGACUCUGGGCUAAUUCGCUAACUCUUCGCAUGAAGCCCUUUUCCUCUUUUCUCAGCUACAUACAACGGUAAUGGAAGACGAAGAGAGGCAAAAGAAGCUCGAGGCCGGCAAGGCAAAGUUGGCUGAGUACCGGCAGAGGAAAGCUCACGCAGACAGACAGAAGAAGAAGCAGAAGAAGAAAAAGAGGAGAGAAACAGACGACGACCCAGGUGGAGAUGGACCGGGGAGAGGGGAGGCCGAGCAGGAGUUGGAUCAGUCGGUAGGGGAAGAGGUGUCGGGGAAUAGGGGGGUGGUAGGAGGAGGAAGAGGUGAACCGGACCCCCCCACCACAGAGUUUACCUUCGCUAGGACCCUGCGUUGUGGUGAGCCGGUCAAACACGACCAGACGUACACCAUAGAGCCAGAUAGUGAAGUGUCCACCACAGCCGAAGACUACUCCUCCGAGGUGAAUGGCUGCCUUGAGAUGACCGAGAUCCCAAUGGAGACUUCCAAGGAGUUUAUCUGGGAGGAAGUGCACCCUGUGCAGCAGGAGGCGAGAGGCGGAAGGGUACAGGUCAUGGAGGAAGAGCUGGCUGCCAAGACUCUGGUGGUGGAGGAGCUGAGCCGACAGCUGGAGGAAUUUAGAGUGGCCUUCGGCACAGAGGGUGUGCAACAGCUGCAGGACUUCGAGGCUGCCUUGAAGCAGCGCGACGGCAUCAUCACACAACUCACAGCCAAUCUGCAGCAGUCUCGCAAAGAGAAGGAUGAGGUCAUGAGGGAGUUCCUGGAGAUGACUGAGCAGAGCCAGAAACUGCACAUUCAGUUCCAGCAGCUGCAGGCAGGUGAGACGCUGAGGAACACCAGCCACAGCAGCACAGCGCAGGACCUCCUGCAGGCCAAGCAGCAGCUUGUCCAAUACCAGCAGCAGCUGGAGGAGAUGGACGGCCAGGUCAGAGGGCACCAUGAGAUGAGCGAGGAGCAGCUGCUGCAGAUCAGCCAGCUCCAGCACCGGCUCAAGGAGGCUGAGAUGGUGGAAAGAAGAACAGAAGAGUCAUUUGCACAAAGGUUAAAUGAGAAAGACCUGCUGAUUGCUAAACAAGAGAGAAUUAUGGCAGAGCAUGAGCGUUCCCUAAUGCAACUUAGAAAAGAUCUCACACAUGUGGGCAGAGGGGCUGAGGAGUCACUUGCCCAAAGGGUAAAUGAAAAAGACCUGCUGAUUUCGGAGCAAACUGCAAUAAUAAUAGAACAUGAGCGUACACUGACCAUGCUCAAGGUGGAGCUUGCACAGGUGGGAAGAAUGACUGAGGAGACUUUUGCACAAAAGUUGAAUGAGAAAGAACUGCUGAUCGCUGAGCAAGAGAGAGUCAUGUCAGAACAAGACUCCUCCCUCCACCAGUUAAAGGAUGAGUUGACGGCCUCUGAGAAAUGCUUAAACGACCUCAACCAGCAAAUUACCGCAAAGGCCCAAGAGCUGGAGAGCUGUAAGAGUAACUUGGAUAACUGUAAGAGGGACUUAGAGAGCACUACGAAUCAGUUGAAUAGCUGUAGGGUUGAGCUGGAGGGCAGUAAGGGUGAGUUGUAUAGCUGUAGGAUUGAGCUGGAGAGCAGUAAGGGUGAGCUGGAUAGCUUUAGGUUUGAGCUGGACAGCAGUAAGGGUGAGUUGGUUAGUUGUAGGGUUGAGCUUGAGAGCAGUAGGGUUGAGCUGGAGUCCUGCAGGGGCGAACUCUCAGCCUCCAGACAGAAGGAGCGGAUGUCCUCCAGCGAGAUCCAGCAGCUGAUGGGUACCGUGGAAGACCUCCAGAAGCGAUGCCACCAGGGCAGCCUGUCAGAGUGUGACACCCUCCAGAGGAUGGAGGAGGACUCAGCCCGCAGGCUGGAUCAUCUCAGGACAGAGCUAGACGAGAUGUACGGUGAGCAGAUAGUCCAGAUGAAGCAGGAGCUUCGCUUGCAGCACUCUGCGGCUCUGGAGCGGGUCUCGGCGCAGCAUCGCAAGGAGCUAGAGCUUCUGAAAUCCCAGCAAUCCGUGACCAGACCUAGUCCCGAGGUGGUGAUCGAGCUCAAGGGCAAGAUCGUAGUUCUUCAGCAGAGGCUCCAAGAGGCCCAGGUGCUCCGAGAGAAGACCAAACAGGAGCUGUCCCAAGUGGCACAGGAGAAGCUCAACCUCCAGGGUCAGGUGGUUGACCACCUCCAUGACCUCCGCUCAGCCCGGUCCAAGGUGGAGCAGGCCUCCCAGAACAUCGCUGUCCGUGAGAGUCUUCAGGGCGAGCUGCAGCACCUCCAGGAAACCAUCGAUGACCUGAAGGCCCAGCUAGCCACCGCUGCGGACUCGGCAGUAGAGAUCGAGGCCAAGCAUGAGUCGGAGACAACCAACUACAAGAUCAAACUGGAGAUGAUGGAGCGGGAGAAGGACGCAGUGCUGGACCGCAUGGCUGAGUCACAGGAGGCAGAACUGGAGAGGCUGAGGACACAGCUCCUCUUCAGCCACGAGGAGGAGCUCAUUCUCCUUCGGGAGGACCUCUGUAGGGAGAGCCAGCUCAACACCGAGAAUCUCCUUAACGAGGCGUCCAUCCGGCACGGCCGAGCUCUGGAGGAGUUGCGAAACGCGUAUAAGGACGAGCGGGAUGAGCUGUUGCACCAAAUCUUUGCACUGAAAGAUGACUUGAAGAUGGCGCUGCACAGCUCGAAAGCCGAAGAGCUGGUAGUGCAACUCAAGGAUCUUCAAGUUGAGGAAUUGAGAAAGGGUGGAGAAGAAAGGGUCAGAAUGGAGAGGGAAAUCCAAAUGCUGCUGAAAAAGAAUGAGCUGCUUGAAAACCAGUCCAAAGAGCAAGAAAAGAGCUGGGACAAUAAAUGGAGGAAGCAGGAAUCUGAAAAGAGGAUUUUGAUGGAAACCAACAACGCCAUGAAAGAGGAAGUGGAGUCCAAAAUGGAAAAAAUCCGAUCCUUCAUGAUCGAAAAUGAACAAAAGCAGAGACAAGUAGUGGAGUUUCAAGAGGAGAUUGAAAAGCAGAGGAAUACAUUCUCUUUUGCAGAAAAGAACUUUGAGGUGAACUAUCAGGAGCUCAAGGAGGAGUACAUGUGCCUUGUUGAGGUAAAGGCGCAGUUGGAGGAGAGGAUUCUCAAGGAGACACUUGUGUAUGAGUCUAAACUCGCUAGCCUCCAGUCGCAGAUUCAGGAGCUGAGGGAGAACAAGGAAACUAACAAAAUGGAGGACAAGUCCAAAGACAACUGCGGUGCGUCGAUAGAAAAAUACACUACUGAGCUGACGGAGAAGCUGAAGGUAGCUCUGGCAGAGAAGGAGGAACUGGCUAUGAGGCUGUCUAAAGUUACCGAGCAGCUGACUGUUACAGAAGGUGAAUUGGAUGAGCUGGAAGGAGAGCUGAGUCAGGUCAGGAGAGAAAACAAGGAGGUAAUCGCCCAAAAUGAAAACCUGGAGGAAGAGCUCGAAAGAGAGCGGGAGACUCUGAAGGAGAGAAAGGGAGAGAGAGAACUGCAGAGAGAGGAGGGAGGGAGAGCUGCUCAGAGCCAAGCGAAGCUCCAACAGAGAGGGCAGCCUGUUCAGUCUGCAGCCCCAGCUUGCUCCAUCGAGGAUCAUCACCUCCAAAUCGAAUCUCUCCAAGGGGAGGUAGUGGUUCUCCCCUCCUCCUUACAGGCCGCCGAAAUAGAGCGAGACCGCCUCCGACACACCUCGGAGGCUUGGCACCAGAGCCAAACGCUAACUCUAUCUGCAGCCCCAUCUCAGGUCUCAACUGUUGGAGAGGGACCUGUUGAGUGUAGCUCCGCUUUGGAGCCUUCAGCCUCUGGGUCACACAGGCGCAAGACACAGCAGCGACGAGGAAAGAAGAAGCGCCAGAGCUCUGCCCAGACAAAAGAGAAGAGGGAGAAGGAGGAGGUGGCGGAGAGAAACAAAGCUGGAGGUGCUACUGCUGCAGCAGAGUGGGAGGCACGGGCUCGGAUGGAGAGCCAGGUUCCGUCGAUCUCGCAGCAGAGGACCGGGAAAGAUGACGCCACAGACGGGUACCACGGUGACGGAGAGAGAGACUGCGUUGGGAAGCAGGGGAAGAGCGUAGAUGGGAUGGAGCGUUGGGUGGACUCUGUAGCGAAGCAAGAGGAGGACAGGGACAGCGAAACCACAGAGCAUGUGGAGUGCAGGCUGCAGCUGGAGGCCCAGCGGAUCAGCCUGUCUCAGAUGCACGCUGCACAGCUGGAGCUGCUCCGGGAGCAGACAGAUGCCCGUGUCAGCACACUUGAGCAGGAGCUGGGUUUCUUGAAAAAAACAUGGGACAAAGAUGAUCUCAGAAGCUCUAAGUACCAGAAUGUGGUGCAAGUUGUGUCUGAAGAGUGCAAGCAACUCAUCCUGUCCUUUGCUAAACUUUUCGGAGAGGAGUUCUUGGAGUAUCUCCACCCCACUGAUGUCGAGGACUGGAAGAUCCAUUGGUUUGAGAAGGAAGAAACCAGGGAUCCCAGUGCUGUUUUACAGGAGGCGAAAGAAAUGUAUAGAGACCUUCAGCAGGUGAAGCAGAGGAUUGAACAGGAGCACGGUCGUCUCCUACAGCUCCAGUCCUUACUGAGGGCAGAUGGCAAUAAGAUUGAGGCGAUGCAGCUGAUGUACGAUGAGCUGAAGCGCAGCAGUGAGGAUAAGAUCGCCAGCCUGCGCAGGCACAUCGAAAGCUCCAGCAUCCCUACACACAAUCUCAAGGAUCUGAGGGAGCCGACCGCGGCCUCGCCCUCCUCCCACACUGCUGAGGAUAUCCAGAAGCUGAGGGCUGACGUCCAUCAGCAGCGGGCCCAGCUGGAGGAAUGCCACAGAAUGGAAGUGGAGCGCCUCAGGGCCUACUACCAGCAGCAAGCCAAAGCGACUGAGGAGCACUAUGCUACUGAGCUCAUCAUGCUACAGCAGCACCUCGAUGAGGUCACGGGCACCGAGGCCCAGUUCAGCCUGUCCAGUGCUGCCCAGCUUGGCUUGCGGACCGAGGAAGAGGACGCAGAGGAACUACAGCUGGUGGAGGAGGAUGCGUUGUUGGUGGGUCUGGACACGGAGCUACGCGGGCCAGCCAAGUCUAUGGGCAUGAUGGCGCUGCUGCAGACGCUGAGGACAGCUCUCUACCACAAGUACCACCAGGAGGUGGCAGCGCUGAAGGAACAACACUGUGCUGAGCUCAGCAGACUCAGAGAAGAGAGGGUGCAGGAAAAGAGCGAGAGAGUGAGGGAGGAAGGAGAGGAGGACGUGCGGUUGCAGGUGAAGCCGGACCCGGAGGGCAUCAACGGGAGCAAAUGCUAUAUCGAGGGACCCAGCACGGAGGACCAAGGCGUGCAGGAGAGGAGACAUCAGGACAGGGUGGAGGAGGAGAUAGCUAAGGUCAUAGUUCAGAUGUCGGUGGAGUUUGCUCAGCAAAGCGAAUUGGCCCGAAUCACGAAGAGCGCCCGCGAGACCACCUCAGCCAUGCAGACCCAGUCCGAGGAGGACGAGGCAGGGGUGGAAGAGGAGCAGCACACCCCUAGGAGCUCACUCACCAAGGGCAUCUCUCUGGAGGAGGUGCAGAGGAGGAUCGUGGAGGAAAAAGAAAGGCUGGAGAAAGAGCUGGAGGAGAGGACUGCGGAACUCCAUGGGAUUAAAGAGCAGCUUCGCCGCAGAGGUCCAGGAUCUGAGCAGAUGGGAUAUUCCUCUGAGGGAGAGAGUGAGAGGAAAGCAAAUAGAAAGAAGGAAAGUGCAAAAGCGCAAGUGAAAAGCGGAGUCUCACAGAAAGAAAAGAAGAGGGGAGAAGAGGAAGGUGAGAAAGAUGAAGAGGUCAGGAGGAAGAGGGCUAUGGGUGGAAAUAUCUCGUCACAAGAUGGAGAGGAUGACUCUUCUUGUCCAGAUCAUCAAGUCAUCACUACUGAGAGGAAUCUGCUGCGUAAGGCUAACGAGAGCCUCCGACAGGUGCUGAGUGAUGUGCUCAAGACCACAGCGGCCGCUGAGGAGACCAUCGGGUGCCAUGUGGAAGGGCUACUGGUACCCCCCUCCUCCUCACAGAGACCCACCUGGCAAAGAGCAGCUGGCGAGCCCUUUAGGCCUGCCACAGGGGCAGCUGAAGAUGCGUCGACCACUGAGAGUUGCCAAGGCAGCGAGACUGGGGCUGGUGACGUGAGCGUGUGGUCGGGUGAGACAGAGAUGGACGAGGACCUGGAUUUGUCCCAGCAGAUGAUGACUGACUGCCACAUCCUGUUGCCAGGAGCGGAGCUUCAGCUGGAGAAUGAGGAGUACCUCAUGAAUAUUAGCUCCCGCCUCCAGGCCGCCGUAGAGAAACUGCUGGUGGCCAUCACAGAGACGACCAAUCAGCUGGAACAUGCGCAGAUCACCCAGACGGAGCUGAUGCGCGAGUCCUUCCAUCACAACCAGGAGAUUGGCGAUCUUCUGCGGCGGCAGGAGGAUCUGCAGGAAAGGCUGGGGGAGGAGGGGCGUGCCCGUGAGCAGCUGGCCCUGGAGCUCCACAGGGCAGAGGGCCUGAUCGAUGGCUACACGGGUGAACGGGCCGCGCUGGAGGAGGAGUUGCGUCAGAAGGAGGAGCUACAGCUAAGCCUGGAGCAGGAGCUGCAGGUGACAAGCAGCCGUCUACACGAACUGGAGCAGGAGAGGCUGCAGAUGCAGGAGGAGCGAGAGAUACUGUCACGGCAACAGGAUGCAAUGAGGGAGCAUGCCGGCCCGCGCGAGUUACGCCUAGUUGAAGCUGCAGUCGAUGCAGCACCUGAAGCAGACCUCCUGGAGGAGACGGAGAAGCUGAUGGCUGAGAAGGUAGAGGUGCAGCGGCAGGCAGAGAAGGAGAGUCUGGGCCUCCUGCACCAGGUGAAAACACUGGAGGCUGAGCUGGAGGAGCAGGUCAACCGGGUCAUCGAGCUGGAGCAUGCCCGCAAGACGGAGACCGGCGACCUGCUGCAGCAGAUCCAGGCCCUGGAGAAACAACUGGAGAAGAACCGGAGGUUCCUGGAUGAGCAAGCCAUCGACCGGGAACACGAGAGGGAUGUCUUCCAGCAGGAGAUCUUGAAACUGGAGCAGCAGCUAAAGAACAGCCAGAAGCAGCAGCCCGGCUCUGAACAAAGAAGCAGAGAGGUGGAUCAUCUGACCCAGCAGCUGAGGGAGAAGGCGGACUGGUGCAGCGAGCUGCUACUGGCGUCUGAGCAGCUGCAGCGCGAGGCGGGCGAGCGCAACGAGGAGAUCGACAAGCUGGAGGGCCGCAUCCGCGAGCUGGAGCAGGCUCUGCUGGCCAGCACAGAGACGGUGGAGGAUAAGAGGCAGGAUGUGUCUGUUAGUGGGCCUGGUGACUCCUCACUGGAGGCUCAGCUACAGACUGAAAGAGAGGCACUGGACAGGAAAGAGAAAGAAAUCAGUAACCUGGAGGAGCAGCUUGAGCAGUUCCGGGAAGAGCUGGAGAACAAGAGUGAGGAGGUGCAGCAGCUCCACAUGCAGCUGGAGAUCCAGAGGAAGGAGCUGAGCACCCAGCAGCAAGACCUGGAGACCAAGGACAGCAUGCUCCAGGUGAUGGAGGAGAAACACAGGGAAAUAGCUCUUCUUAAUGAGCAGAUGGCUAAGCUUCAACACACGGAAACAGCCCCUGACAACAAGGAAAUCAAUGCGAGGGAUGAGCUACUGCGAGAUCUGGAGUCCCAGGUGGAGUGCAUGCGGAGCGAGCAGCAGCGCCUGAAGAGGAACAGCGAGGAGGAGUUGGAACAGCUCAACGCCGUUAUCGACAAGCUCCAGGAGGAGCUGGCCAACAUUGAGCGGAAGCAGUUCUCGGAGAUGGAAGAAGAGCUCAAGCGCCAGUUGGAGAGCCAAGUCGGAGGUCCCAGCAAGGAGGAGUAUGACGAAAUGAAGCAAAAGAUGGACCUGGCCACACUAGAGCUGGACACCAUCAAAGCCGAGCACUGCUCGCUCCUGGAGAGGUACCGAUGCUUGCAGGAGAGCAGACUAGCAUUAGCCGAGUCGGAAAAGGAGCUGUCGAACGACAUGGCGAUGGAGCUGCAAGAUGCCCUGAGGGAUAAGACGGCGGCGUUUGUAGUGGUGCAGGCUCAGAUCCAGGCACUUGAGCAGAAUGCCACCUCCAGGGUGAAGGAGCUGAGCCUUAGCGUCCAGAAACUUGAGGCCUGUGUCACAGAGAGAGACUCUGAACUGACCCGCUGCCGGUUCCUGGUGGAGCGGGCCCAGGAGGACGCUGACGACCUCCAGCGCCAGGUUCAGGACCUGGAGGACAAGCUGAGGGAGAGGGUGGCCACCGCGCUUGUCAGCCAGGCCCAACUGGGCGCCAUCCAGCAACAGCUGCAUCAAUCGCAGCAGUCCAAGGGCCAGAGAGCCAAAGAAUCCGUCCACCAGGAUCCCAGGGGACAGAUGGAGGUCCCAGACUUUGGGUUUGCUGGAAUGUCCCGAGCAGUGGAGAUCCAAGGAGCCAAACAUGGCCCCACUGGGAAGGUGGUCCUCCUGACGGAGAAGCUCCGCGAACUGGAGGUAGGCCUGAGCGGCAUGCAGAAGGACCAAGAGCUGCAGAAGCAGUUACUCUCCAGCUCCGAGGAGGAGGUGCUGGAGUACGAGAGGAGGCUGGUCUUGCUCAUGGACCUGCUCAAUCAGAUGAGGACGACCAAGCCUGUUGGAUGCCAGAGAACAUUUCCAGCCACAGAGACUGCAUCUUCUGGAGGCAACGAGUUGGCUGUGUCUGAGAUUCUACAGGAGCUACAGAAGGUCAGGGACGAGGCUUCAGCCACCAAAGAACAGCUCAGCAGUUACAAGGAGAGCAGCAAUAAACUCCAGCAGGAGCUCAAGGCAAAAGAGGUCGCAAUAGCCAACCUUGAAGAAGACCUUCAAAGGGUGUCAUCGGGAGGCAGUGAGGUGAAGAUGUCUGAGCUCCAUCGGGAGCUGAAGGAGGUCAAAGAGGAGCUCAGCAGCUACAGGGAAAGCUGUGACAAGCUACAGGAGCUUCUACGGGAGGGAGAGAUGACCAUAACACAUCUCAAGGGAGAACUCUACCGGGCCUCAUUGGAAGGUGACGGUGCCUCCACAUCCAAGCUUCUCCAAGAACUCCAGGAGGUCCGAGACGAGGCAGCCGCUACCAAAGGACACCUGAACAGCUUCAAAGAGUGCAGCGAGAAACUCAAGGCCGAACUCCAAGUCCGUGACCUGUCAAUCGCUCAGCUCAAAGAGGAGCAACAACAGCUCAGAGUAGCCUUGGCGAAAUCCGCGGAGUCACUGUCAACACUAUCCCCAGUAUCACCAUCUCAGUCUCCCUCACUCGAUCAGCAGCAGCAAGCACCACCCUCCCAUCUGAAAAAGAAAGGCAGCAAACCGCAAAACCAACGCCAGGGGUCCAAGGGAAAAAUGGCUGCCAAAGACAAACCAUCGCUCUCCAGGAAGAACUCUGCCGCGGCAAACCAAAAGUCUUCCAACAAAUUGUCCGGUCAAUCGUCUGAUCUUAGUGGAUCUCAACGUCCGCCACAUACAGACGCGGGCACCCAGACGGAGACAUUUUCCUCCCAGACAUCUGGCCAGCCCAGAUCUGUUUCAGAGGAGGAAGAGGUGGAGGAGAUGAUCGGGGAGUACCAGGAGAAGAUCGUACAGAUGCAGGAGCUGCAUGCGGCAGAGAUCCUGGACAUGGAGGCCCGGCACAUCGCAGAGAGCGAGGCCCUGAAGCGGGACAAUCAAAUACUGGAGGAGGAGUGCAAUGCUGUCAAGACCGUCAUCGAUAAGCUGCAACGCUCCCACGAAGCCCCCUCAUCGAGACCAGAGCAUCCUGCAGGAUCGCAAUUCAAAGACGGCUACACCAGUGACAGCAGUUCUGAAUGGAGUCAGCGGACAGGCUACGACCUGUCUAACCUGCAGCAGGAGUUCAGGACCACACCAGAGGGAGCCAGAAAAGAGACAGACGAUGCACUGCCUGACAGAAUUAAGAACCUGCUGCGCGAAGUGCACCAGGAGGGCAUGCAGGUGCUGUCCCUGUCGUCGCUUCCAAUCCCAGAGGGCGAGGCUGACCCAGCCAGCCUGUUCCACCAUUCCCAGGGCUGGCCCAACGAGAGAGAGGCCUUGCUAGCGACCGUGGAGUCCCUCAAGGCCCUCAUAACCCAGAUUCAGGCACACAGCAGGGAAACACAGACCCCAGGUAGUGCGGACUGGCGUGGAGAGCUGCUGGGGGCAGUGCAGCAGGUGUUUGUGAGGGAGCGGAGUGUGCUGAAGAGUGCUACCUAUGCCCGACUGGACCUGCUGGACACUAGCGACGCAAUCAUCCACCUCAACCAGCUGGAGCACAGGCUAGCCGAGCAGGACACCCAUCACAGAGAUGCCAUGGGGAUGCUCCAGACUGCAGACAGAAGCAGUUUGCUGACAGAGGUCCGGCAGCUCCGGGCCCAGCUAGAACAAAUCCAAGGCCAGGAGCCUGGCAGGAGAGGCAGAUCCAAUCAUGGUGUUGAGCAGCAGAGGGAGAGAGGUGGUGUUCCAGAGCCCCACAUUCUGCUGCAGGCUGACAGGGCCCUGGAGGAGCUGAAGGGAGAGCUGGCCCAGACCAAACUAGAGCUGGAGACAACGCUCAAGGCCCAGUACAAACACCUGAAGGAGCUGGACACAGUCAGAACGGAGAUGUCACACAAGGCUGCUGAGGUGGACACCCUGACGGACAGACUGGCAGACGAACAGAAGAAGGCCAGAGAGCUGCAGUGGGCCUUCGAGAAGGAGAAGUGUAAAUCAGACAAGAAAGAGGAGCUGGAGAGAGAGGAGCUGGAGGAUCUCAAACUGGCCCUGGAGGAGCAGCAGAGUCUCGUAGCCCAGCUGACCUCAACCCUAGGCCAGGAGCGCCAGUCCUCCUCCCAGCUGUCCCUCCAGGCCGAACAGGAGCGCUCCAGGCUGCAGACCCAGGCCUCGCAGCUCCACGUCCAGUUAGUGUCGGAGCGAGCCCGGGCCCAGGAGCUGAGUAACGCCCUGGGGAGAGAGAAGGAGCAUCGCCACUACGUCUCCUCCUGGAGAGAAAACCCAGAGGGGAAGGUGGCUGAGAAGGGGGAAGAUGUAGUGGUGGGAGGCGCGAUGUCAUCCGAAGGUCUGCUGGAGGGUCUGCAGAGGGAGCUGGACAAGAAGCAUGCUCAGGUGGUUAGUCUGCUGGACGAGGUGGAGGCCCAGAAGCUGGCGGCGGUGCAACGGGAGGAGGAGCUAACCUCUGCAGCUCAGAGGUCAUGCAAGGACCAGGAGGCUCUGCGGGAGGCCAAAGGCCAGCUGGAAAGCCUGGGGGAGCAGGCACGGGAGGCCAUGGAGCAGCUGAAGAGAGAGGUGCAGCAGGGGAUGCGGCUGGAGCAAGAGAAGGAGAGGCUCCAGGAGAGAGUGGUCCAGCUGGGAGAGACGAGAGAGGGGGAGAGGAGCGGGACGCUGCAGCAGCCUGAUAACCAAAAUCAGGCUGUGUGGCAAGGCGAGCCCACAGACCGGACCAGAGACUGGGUGUUCAAGCAGAAGUCUGGCGACACGCUGACUGUCAACCCCAGCACACCUUCCCUCCUCAAAGUCACUGGGACAGGGGGCAACCUCGCCCCCCACCAUGACCCCAAACACUCAGACAAGGUCUUGGGCAAACUGCAGCUCAUUGCAGCCAAGAUCCGAACCAUGGUCAGCAAGGGCUCUGGCAGGGUGACUACAGAGGUGGACAGUGAAGGACUGUCGUGGCUGCAGUCGAACAUUGAUGAGGUCAUCACUAUGCUGCAGCAGUCUCCAGCGCUCCCCUUGGUCCCCUUGAGCACCGCCCUAGUGGCGGGAGGCCAGUCCAGCUCCCUGACAGAGCGGCUGCUGAGGCAGAAUGCUGAGCUCACAGGCUUUGUCAGCCGUCUAACAGAGGAGAAGAACAAUCUGCACAACCAGACCCUCCGCCUGGAGGAUGAGCUUCGACGUUACCGCCAAGCUGGUCUGGGAUCAGGGGGCAGCUCCAGGAGAGGUGGCGCGGACAAGCAGAAGGAGCCGGCCAGCAUUCUGUUCUCGUCGGAGCGCGAAGCCUGGACCAGGGAGAGGAGCCGGCUGGAGAAGGUCCUACAUCUAGCCCAGGCAGAGGUGACCCGACUCAGAGGAGAGAUCAGGACAGAGUCCCUCAGAGACAUGACCGGACCGGAGACAGACAACUCCACACUGACGAAGAUAUAUGGCAAGUACCUACGCUCUGAGAGUUUCCGCAAGGCCCUCAUCUACCAGAAGAAGUACCUGCUGCUGCUGCUCGGCGGCUUCCAGGAGUGCGAGGAAGCCACGCUGUCGAUCAUCGCCCGCAUGGGCAGCCGGCCCUCCCACUGCAGCCUGGAGUCCCUGACACAAAGCCGCCGGGGGCUUACGCGCUUCCGCUCGGCCGUCCACGUCUCCAUCGCCAUCUCCAGAAUGCGUUUCCUGGUCAAGCGAUGGCAUAAAACUACGGGGAUGAGCUCCAUAACAUCUGUCAACGUGAACAGAAAUGGCCUGGGGCAGUCAACGGGUAAUGAGGUGAGGACAGACUCACCCUACCUGCAACCGGGGAGUGUGGAGGUGUACGGAGAGAGGAGUGGGGCCUCCCCCAGGUCCGCCCUCUCCUCUGCACAACACAGGUUCCACAUGGCUGGGGACUCUGGCCCUCUGACCUGCUCCCACCUCCAGAACUACGACCCUGACCGAGCGCUCACCGACUACAUCUCCAGAUUGGAGGCCCUGCAGAGGAGACUGGGGAGUGUGCAGUCAGGUUCUUCAUAUGCUCAAUUGCACUUUGGAAUAAAAAGAUAGAAGUCCAUAAAUUACUUUGGAACUGGCUUGAAGAAACUCAGUUGCCUUUUCUUGUGCUGAGCUUCGGUAUUUUGUAUCAUUCUGCUGUGUACAGUAUAUUACGUGGGGACCAAAAAACAUUUUGUUGUGUGUAGACAUCUUAUAAUCAGGCUUUUUGUCGCCAGCACUUGAAACAGCUUCUAUGUUUGUAAACUUUGGUCUGCCUCUUUGUUGUGGGUGAACAGAAUCGCGUUAAAUGUAUAUUUGUGGAAUGCUAAUUUAAACGAAAAACCUGGAAUAAUUUAAUUUAUACUGUGUAUGUUACUUUGUGUGGGUGGAAGAAUACGUUGAGCAGGUUUCUCCGGAGAACUCCAGCCCUGGAUAGGAACCGGGUGGGCGUGCAGGUCUUUGCGCAAGCCCAGCACUAACAUGCUUGAUUAAAGUAACUGGUUUCUUAAAUGGAAGUCCAUGAUUGAUGAAUUAUUGGAAAUGUUGGUUAGUGCCGGGCUGGAACAAAAGUCUGUACACCCAGUAGCUCUCCAGGAUGGGAAUUGGGAGAACUCUGCCAUGGAGAAUUUGACUUUACUGUUGAGGCUGCUACAUGAUCUAUAUACACCACACUGUGUUUUAUUAGAAUGGUUUCUUGGACAGACUACAGAGGAGAAUUUGUAGAAGACAUAUUUUUGUAAAGGUAGGAGCUUUGAAUUUUCUGGGUAUUUUGUCAAAACCGAAAUAAAUAUGAAUUUUAACACUUGAAA